AUGCGAUCCGUGGUCUUUGUCAAGUCGGCCAACGAAACGGGAAGAGAUGGAAAUCAGAAAAUAUCCAGGCCGAUUGCAGGUUCUUUCAUUCACACGGGUCACGGCGAUAUCCGAGAUGGCAAAGGAUGGGGAAAUCCCGAGUACAUUGACAAGAUCUAUUUGACAAAUCCGGUAGUUGGGCAGCCGAAUUCAUCAUCGGCUCCGCAAAUUAUCGACUCAAUCCUUCCACCGCCGCACAAAGCAAAGCCAAAUUUGCCAAGCAAACCCCCAGCCAGCUCGUCGAACGCCGUUUCCGAGGGCAUUCCCCUUUCGCCAACAAUGAGGGAUCCAUUCGAUGAUGUUAGACUUUCUCGUGCCACUCGUCAAGUCGCCCCAACGCCGACUCUCAUGCAACCGAUCGUUCAACAAGUGGGAAGCAGCCAAUUCUAUGUGCCAUCGAUGAACCAGCCAAUUCCAGCCCGGGUCGCCCCGGCACCACCAACAACCCAACCAAAAGUCCACUCAAAUGGAAAUGCUGCCGUUCCGCGACCGAAAGUCAAUUUGCCACAAGAACCUAGCUCAAGUCGAUCGGCAAACAACACUCCGCCGAUGAUCAAAGCGGAUGCAUUUGUGAACGUUCGCAACGCUGCGCAAAGGAUGGACGGCUUCGUUAUUGCACCGAAGACGAGUGGAGCUGGGAUUCCGCUUGCAGUAAUAGAACCAGGACCUGCACCAAAAUCUUCAGUCGGCAUCGGUCACGGACAAAACAUCCUGAACGAAUUGCAGAGUAAAAUCGGCAAAGGAAAUGAGCCAAUUCGACUCCGGCAACAACCAACAACCUCUGCUGAAACGCCCGUUUUUGUACACAGCCAAAUGAACACAAUGAGAGCUCCGUCUUCUUUUUCUAGUAUCUCCCCAAAUGCACAUGAUCCGUUUGAGGUCCCCUCUGCCGUCAAAAAUGUUCUCCAAAAAGAUCGAUACAACGAAAUCAUGGAGAAAAACUCUCUUCAACCUGCACCGUCCCCUCCCGCUUACAACCAGCCACAUCGACACCCAAAUUCGACUCCGCAACUUCACGUAAACCAGGUCCUCCAACCCAUCCAAAGUCCGUCAUCGGCUCGUGCAACCACUUCACCCCAUCCACUACAGAAUUUCCAUCACGCUCAAGGCCCUGUACAUCCAUCGCUGAAUCACGUUCAUCUCGGGCAAGCAUCUAGAAUGAGCAUGAUCACCCCUCCAACUGUUGCAAUCCCUCAACAACAAAGACCUAUGUCCCAAGUAUUGACUGCAACACCCAUCAAACAGCAACCGACUCUCGCUCAACAACAACUACAACAACAAAAACAACAAGAGAUGAUUUUGCAACAGAUCCAACAGCAGAAACAAGAACAGUUUCUUCGGGAGCAAAGAAUGCAACAAGAAAAGCUGGCGCAAGAGAAAUUAUUGCAACAGCAGCGAGAGCAACAGAUUCGGCAACAACGAGAACAACUCGCGAAGCAGCAAAUGCCGAAAGUUGAGUCAACUCCGGCUCUUUUACCAACACAGGGUUUGAAACCUUCUGGACAAAAUGGAGUUAGGCAAACCACAGCCGCAGCUUUAUCUACUCCAGUUUUGCAACCGACUAAAGUCGAGCUACCAUCAGCAACGGCAAAUGUGAAACCUACAAGCCAGACACCGAAAAGUGAGCCGAAACAAGCUGUUAAUUCAAAUGCGCAAAAUGGGCAAGCACAAGCGAGUGGUUCUUCAAGAAGGCACACAACAGAAAUUGAUUUCACUACAAUUUUUCCGGCUCCGAGUGCUCUCUUUUACGGAAGUGAUAGCACAAAAUCGACCAGUUCACAAGGUGAUCAACCACAACAGAUCAGACCGCCUAUAAGUACGAUUGCAGCCGCCAUACCGACUGUUGAUGUGGUUAGAGAGGCCAGAGUCAUCCCAUCGGUGCUCCCAUCAAGCUCUGUUCUCCAGCCAACACCCCUGCAUCACGCGAAUUUAAAUUCUGCCGCUCAACAGCGACGAGCCAGCACAUCCACACCAAUUGUUGCACCUCCUGCUCAAAAAGCUGCCACACCAAGACCAGCGGCUUCAGUCUUGCCUAGUGAACCCCUUGUACCGACGCCUCUCUAUCCAAAGAUCUCGACAAUAGCCCAGCCACAGACACAAAAUGUCUCCCCCCCGCGAGCACGUGGCUUUUCUCAAGAACAAGUUGAUGCCAUCCUUGCCUUGUCUUCCCGCCCUCAAUCAAUCCACUCUGUGCCACUUUUCUCAGCUCAACAAAGUCUUGGAUCAACUUAUUCAAAUGGAUACGGUGGAUACAAUAGUCCGAUUUAUGGAAUGGGCUAUGGAGCUUCAUCGCCGAUCUAUGGGGGUUAUGGAAUGAAUGGCUUCAAUGGACUGAAUGGGUACGGAUCGAUGGGAAGACUUUCAAACACUUCAUCCGUUUACCCAUUGCUCUCCGACAGUAGUCGCCCACUUGCACUCACCGCUCCGUUAAGGCCGCUUACACCACCACCGCCAUCAUCAACCAUUGUUCAACAUUCCGAAGAAGUACUGAAUUCUUUCGAUCCAUUGGCUGAACUUUACAAUAAUAGCCAAUCCACUCUUCCACGUGAAAGUCAACCAACAACUAGUGGAGUGACAAAAGCCGAACAAAUGGAAAUUCUUUAUAAAGAGGCCUCGUUUGCCGAGAGAGGCAACUGUGAUCGAAUGGUUGGGAUUUGUGGGGGAAAUGUGGAAGAAGCGUUGAAACAAUUGAAGGUUGAGUACCUUGUCGAUACGGGAAUUGCGUCGGACCGAGCAAUUGCAAUCAGUGCUUUGGAGGCAAGGGCUUGGAAUCUGAAUGCGGCCGCCGAAGCGAUCGUCAGUCGA